AGGACGAAGAUUUGCAGCGGCAAUUUCAAAACAAAGCAUGAAAACAACAAAACAACUUGCAAGAGAAUUAGGAUUACUACGAAAAAGAAGUAUAAAUUCCAGUACCAGUAAAAAACCAUCAACAGACCAAACAUUUCCAUACUUAGUGGUUUUAGAUUUUGAAUCAACAUGUUGGCAGGAUGGUAAAUUUAGAACACAAGAAAUCAUUGAGUUUCCUGCAGUUUUACUGAACACUUCCACAGGAAAGAUAGAAAGUGAGUUUCAGUUUUAUGUACAACCACAAGAACAACCAACCCUCAGUGAAUUCUGUAGACAGCUGACUGGUAUAACACAGGAUCAGGUAGACAAUGGUAUUCCAUUAAAUCUAUGUAUCAGGAAAUUUGUGCGCUGGCUGGACUCUCUUAAAGAGAAAAAGGGUGUUGUGUUUACACAAUCAUCAACAGAAACAGACAAAUGUCACCUAGCAACAAUAGUCACAUGGUCAGAUUGGGAUUUAGGUGUGUGUUUAUAUAAUGAAUUAAGAAGAAAACAGAUAGGAAGACCCUGUCAACUUAAUAGUUGGAUAGAUCUCAGAGCUACCUACAGGAAGUUUUACAGCAGAAAACCAAAUGGUUUAAAUGGCGCCUUGAAAGAUUUAGGUAUAGAUUUUGAAGGAAGAGAGCAUUCUGGUCUUCAUGAUUCUAGAAACACAGCAAUACUGGCAUACAGAAUGAUACAAGAUGGCUGUAUACUAAAUAUAACCAAAACACUGAAGGGGGUAUCAAACAUUCCUGGUGGGGAUAAGUACCUUCCAAUAAAACAACCAACUCCCAACAAACAUAAGAUUCACCAAAGGAAACAAACAACGCCAUCAAAAAGUCCUGUACAUAAACGGAGAAAACAAUCUGACAUUGCAGAUGAUGAAUUAUGUUUUGAUGAUGAUUUGGAUCAUGCAAUAGCUAGCAGUCAGGAACUGGACAAUAUUCUAAUUAAUGUUGCAACGGAAACUCCAGAACGUAAGAGAAAAAGCAGAAUUCCUAUAGCAAGUUCAUGCUCAUCUAAAAUCUUGAUAAGUGAAAUAUCACCUAUUCAAUGUUCAAAAUCAACCAAGAGAUCACCUUCACAUCAAAAGUUGACCAAGGUGAAGGCCAAAAGAAUUAUUCCAGGGAAAUUUAAUCCUUCACAAAUUUAUGUUGAUCCUGAAGUUGAAACAGAUGCAUUUGUCAAUGGUCUUAAAUCUACUGGAAACAAUAGACUGACAGAAGUUAGUGUAAAUGUACCUCUUCCAAAAAGAGUUCCAACAACUAAAAAACAAAUAUCACCUUCAAAGAUCACUGAAGCAUAUCCACAAAUCCCUUAUUCUUCACCAAUAAUACAGUGUCAUCAGAAACCACAAAAAUGUGUCAUAAGAAGCAACAGUAUUCAAAUGGUCAGAAAGGGGUCGCCCUUGAAAAAAUCUGGUCAAAAGUCAGAGGACGGUUUUAGGAAGAGCAACAAUACCGUUGGAAUUGCUGUGCAAAAAUUUUAUUCAUCUCCAGGAAAAAGUGCAGAAGAAAAUUCCAGUGGAUCUGAGACAGAAUUAUCUCAACAGAAAGUUCAAUCUUGUGAAUUAACUAAAAUACCUUACACUUCACCACCUAAAUCUGAAACUGUUGUUACUUCAAGAAAUGGAAUAACCUCUAAAUCAUUCCCUGUUUUUAAAACACCAUCACCCCCAACUGAGUCAUUCAAAACACCCCUAAUUAAGGCCUCAUAUUCAAAUACAUCCAAAAGAAAUAUAAAAGAAGUUACAAUGACUCCUUCUAGAACUUUGUCAGUAUAUUCUGAUUCCUUGAAAACACCUGUAAAUACUCCAGGAAAUAGUAGAAAUCAAUCGGUGCCUUCUGGAAAAACUCCAAAUACUACUCCAUCUGUGUCUUUGUCAUUAUCAUCAUUUAAAACACCAUCCAGUACUUUAGGAACAUUCAAGACGCCAUUUGGUGGACAAAGUAACAAUUCUGUGAACUUGUCUGGAAUGAAAGGGACUCCACCACUAUGUAAAUGUGGUAAAAGAUCAAAGAGAAGAAUGGCACAGACACCUGGUCCAAAUAUGGGACGAUUUUUCUUUUGUUGUGGGACAUCUGGAUAUAACAGCUCUGGUAAUCGGAAUGGGUGUGGCUUCUUCAAGUGGGAAACUCCUACUACAGUCAAUGGCAGAAGUCAGAGUUUUACCCAAAAUGGAACUCUGUCUAAACCAUUUGUGCCUGUCUUUAGUUCCGCAAAAUCUAGUCAGAAAAAGAGCCUAGGUGUGAGGUCAAAUUCUAUUACAUCUUUCAGGUAGACUGACAAGAAUGUAUGAUUUUUUUUUUAAAUUCUGUUAAACAUAGUAAUUCAUUGAGACUAUAAAAAAUAUGUACAAAUUGAAAAGAUGUGCGUGAGAGGACAUUUUAAGAUCAGUCAGUUAGCUUAUAAAUAUGUGAAUUCAUUAUAUGUUGCUGAACAGAAAGGACAGUUAAAAGUAUUGAUAGUUUUCAUAAACCAUCCAAAAUUUUUAAAUUAUUUUUUUUUUACUUGGUCCUUUUAUGGCAAGCUUAGUCUCUGUUUGAAGAGAGCAUACAGGUAAGUAAAAACUUGUCAAAGUAAAAAUUAAAAUCAUCAAUGAAAAUUUCAUUUUUAAGUACACAUAGUUAUUUUAGUAUUUAUAAAAUAAUUGAUUUUCUAACAGGGUUAUUACAAUUUGAACAGUCUUCUUGAACAAGAAAUUUAUAUGUAACAGAUGCAGAUUUUCCUUUUCUCAUUCCUGGCAGGUCUCCAGUUUGUCAUAAAAAGGACCACCAAAUUACACAAGAAGUAGUAUAAAAACAGGAUCAAACUCAGUUUCAAAAUAAUCAACUGCCAUCACUAGAACACUGGUGUCAUCUUUUCCUCUAAAACCUUUGGGUCAUUGAAUUUUACUUGUGUGCCAAUAAUCUAUUACAGGAUUUUAUCCAAUCAGACCCAUUCAAUAUUGGAACUGGUAAUUUGUCUGAAAUUUUUGACAAGUCCUCUGAAACUCCUUAACAAAUUGAACUUUGAAAUGACAAAAUACAACCAUUUGAAAUCAUUAAGCAGGCUCACCUAGUAAAACUGUUUUACACACUGAACAGUAUGGACAAUGAUUUUGUGAUCCUACCAUUGGAAUAUUUAUGCCAAUAUGAAAUCAAAAUCAGUGGCAGAUUUAGGGGCAGCAUAGAGGGUGUAUGCCCCCCUUUGAUAGGAAAAUAUACUGUGGAUUCACUUAUUUUCGUGGGUACCAAUUUUCGUGGAUUAAGGAUAACUAACAUGUUCGUGGAUAGUUAAUUUCGUGGUUUUGCCGAAGUUUGCAUAUAUGCCUAUAGGAAAUUUGUCAUUCGUUGAACAUUUAAUUUUGUGGUUCAUCUAUACACUCGAAAUCCACGAAAAUUGGUAUCCAAUGAAUAAUAAUGAAUCCACAGUAUCUUAUUUAGCAUAAAAUUGUCCAAAUUAUUUUCACCUUGCUCUGCUUGAUAGUUUUGAUUCCAUUUUAGAUUUUACACCCCAUUUUAAAAAAUCCUGUAUAUGCCCCUGAAAAUGACAUCUAUGCAAAACAGUUCUACCCCUCUGGAAAAUUUUUUUUUUUGUAUAUGUGAUGAAGCUUUUCUAAAUUUCUGAAGCUCUUGUAGAUGCAUUCAUAGAGAAUAAUAUGACGGUCCUUCAGAUAAUUAAGUAUUUUAAUGUCAAUCUAAAAUCCUGGGAUGACUGGAACUGUUAAGUUAAGAUUCAUAUAAAAUAGAUUUUAAACAAUCUCCUCUUGAAAACUAUUUAACAACAAUUACUUGUAUUUUUAUGCACUGAUGUUUGUUUUAUGUUUCUACGUAAAAUUUGUGAUUUUGAUGUCAAUAAUCUUAAUCCAAGAUGACUGCCACCAUGAUUGAAAGUUUGAAAUAGGACACUCCAACAAUUACAUAAAAUAGCUUUUUCUUAGAAACAACACAAUGCAAAGCUGUUUAAGUCAAGUGUGCAAAGCCUUCAAAGAGCUUUAAAAUGUAAAUUUAGUUUAAUCUAAUAAA